ACGUCACUCUGUUGCCCGGAAAGCAAUGAAAUGCCAAAUAGAGGACAAAACAAGAACGUUAAAUUGAAAGCGAAUAGCAAAAAACGAUAAAGCGAAUAGUAAAGAGGAACAUUUACACAUUCAUUCACCGCGGCAAAUUGGCCUGUGAACACAACAAAACUGACUUGAAGAUCGUCAUCAUGGCUUUCCGUAAGAUUUCGUGCGUGAUGUUCUUUCUGGUCCUGGGUUUAGUAUCCGCGGAUGACUGUCCACCGUUCUGGACACGCUACCGUUACAACUGCUUCCGUUUCUUCGGUCCUCCCAAGACCUGGCAAUCGGCCGAGGAGCACUGCGGAGAGUUCUUCACCCGUGACGGCCAGGGGCACCUGGCGUCCGCCCGCAGCUCAGGGGAAAACAACUUCCUGCUCCAGAUGUGGAGUACCUCUCUGGUAUCAAACGAUGGCGUUGUGGGUGCUAGCGUCUGGAUUGGGCUCAACGACCUGGCGAAUGAAGGACGAUUCACCUGGAGUGACGGGACGAGCUUAAACUACAACGGCUGGCGUACUGGCCAACCGGACGACGGUGGACAAGCUGAGGACUGCGGCUGUUUCUGGAGGACCACCGAGCAGGUUGGAUGGAAUGAUGAAGGUUGCGGUUUGGCCCUCCCAUACAUUUGCGAGAUUCCCUCAUAUAACAGUGAUGGGUAUUAAGGGUUGAACGACCGCUAUACAUGACAGAUGGUGAAACAUUAACGUGUUAAUUGUAAAGGCAAUACCAUAACCUUUAUCAGAAAUGCCAAUCGACAAGCACCGAAUCUUAGUUUGUGAAAUAUUCACUGGGUCUUUUAGCCUGAUUUAGUGUGUGCCCUACUGAAACAUGUAAUCCCAACGACUUCUGUUUAAUUAAAUUGGCCUUGUUAAAUACAAGCUUUGCAAAACACUUUACCUGACACACCUACAUCGAAAACUGGAUGAUGAUAAAUGCCUUCUCGACUGGACAUCAGGUGAAUGUCUCAAGGAUUCACUCGAACCACUGGAAGUCACAGCAUUUUUGAACAGAGGUUUACACUAUAUCAACCUCCAUGACUAAUCGGAUCUGAUACAGUGACAAAAACGAUUUUAAACGAAAACUUUCGAGAGCCUCAGAUCAGUGACACUGCAAGUUCAUUUCUUAAUAAUUUCCAAUUGCUUUUAUAGCUUUCAUGUGAAUUGGCUUUUAAAAAUUGCAUUGGUAUGACUUUGCUCGAUUUAAAGACGAUUUGAUAAGAAAAGCAAAUAUCUUUAAACAGCGCAUGUAGGCAUAUAGCUGGCCCUGCAUAUUGAACUAGCUUUUGAAGUACGCUUGCCGCAGUAGGUAAUGCAAGUAUUGCACGAUAUAGCGACAGUAAAACUCUGUAUACAAGCCUGCAUUAAAAUAAGGAACAAGUUAUGAAAUAUGUAAUGUCUUCAAUCUGCAACAAAUCUUAUACAUACAUGUACAUGUAGUUAUUGGUUCUACUCGGUUGACGUACUGGCAAAGUCGCUUGGGAGAGCCCCUUGCAACGAUUAACCCCAGUGUUCACAGUUCACACAAGAACAGUUUAAUUAAGUAAGACACUUUAAUAUUGCGUGAGUUUUAUUCCAACUUCCAAAACGUCUGAACCAGCAGACUUGCUUGUAUCACAAAAUACACAAAAGAAUGCCUUGCACAACUUAUAUUAUACUAUCAUCAUUGUAACCUGAUGGGAAUUUUAAUCAUUGUAAUCAGUAUUCUUGGCAGUAUCACCAGUUUCUGAAGGUGUGAAUGUAAGUCAAUGAAAUGAAAAUUCAAGGCAGAACAUGCCUUCAAAGUUUCUAGAAAACAACCUAAUAGUGCAUGAGGAAUACAUUUCGAUUUGAUCUAGAGACAAAUGUGAUUUAAACGUUCCUACUGCCAAGACAAAUUUUAUACUCAUUUUGACUGAGAUUUAUAAUCUAAUAUAAUCUGUGAAGACCUGUACUUAAAAUAUAUUCAUUAAAGCAAAGCACUGCAUGUAGCCCUUUA